CAGCCCUUUACAACGAAGCUAAUAGACACAGACACACCUCGUCAAGGCAGCAGCAAAAGCAGCAGCAAGGUAGCAACACUGACUGGACAUCUCGAUAGCGUACGCUUUACAACGUGCACUAUGGAUCAGCAGCAUCUCGCCACUUCGGUCCAGCCAGAUUCGAAUCCUCGAACGACAGAUCCUGCAGUGGAUCCUACUACGACCUCCGCCUCUUUGGACGACUCGUCUGCUCCGAAUAAGAAGAACGCUUUCAAGGAUAUGUUGCGUCAACGACAGGCAGCUAUAAGGAGUCAGAGGGCGUCCUCUACAGCCCCAUCAGACACUCGAUCCAGACGCUCCACCGCUUCUGGGUUGUACCCACCGAAUCGUGACUACUAUCUAUCACGGCACGAGUAUAACGACAGGCCCUAUCAAUCGAGUUCUGAGCGAGGUAUAUCUCUGCAGUCGCUGCGAGACGAGGCAGCCGGAAAUGGCCAAUGGAACCCAUUCCAGCCCCCGAAUUCCUCACCGGCUGCAGGCCUAGGCCUGCACAGCGCUGAAGUUUCAAAAGAAGUACUUGACUUACGAGAGCAGCUACUUAUGCAACGCAGCACCCCCGCUCCCAAUCAAAGAAAUCAGGAUACUACCAUCGGAAAUGGAAUAUCCACCAAGGGCUUGAAAUCCACGGCACAGCUGACGAUCUCGAAGCCUGACGCUCAAGGGAGCUCACAAUCGGGUGCUAGCCAGAACAUUCUGAACUCGAUGAACAUUUCCGGUAGCUCAGCGGAUAUCCAGCAGAAAGCGAACGGCUCAAACACCAUCCCACUAUUGCAUAACAAGGCCGUCCAUGUUCCCGACAGCUCUAGCAACACUGUCAUCUUCAAAUCACAGGAACGCAAAACAGAGGAUACAGCGGCGAGUGGCGUGACAUCAAGCAAUGCCAUUAUCACUCCAGUCGAGAUCUCAGCACCACCUCCAUUAUCGGAUCGGGGACCCGGCACUGAGCUUUUGCCGCCUCCAAGCAAAUUUUCAUCACUUGAAACCCCCGAGUCAACCGACUCACAGCUCAUUCCGUCGAUCAAUGCAAAGACGCGUGCCCCUACCAGUGCUUCCUCGUACGCUCCAAAGUCCACUGAGCCUCAAGCGCUGUCGACACUCCCCAGGACCUCAAAUGGGAACAUGGUGCUUAUUAGCAACAAUAACAAACCUCGUACACAAAGCAACUCUACGGCAAUGAAUAUUAACACCCAGCUCGCCCGGUCUUCAGCGAUGCACUCCACGUCACUUACGAGUCCUACCCAUCACACCUUACCUGCGAAGCCAAAGGUCAUCUUGCCAGCAGAGACAGAGGGUCAAGGUCUGACAGGAAUAAGUUUACAUGAAGAACGUUUGAAACAUAAGACGAGCACUCCAUCCACAUCGCACAUGGAGAACGUCGCUAGUGAAUCGGGAUUCUCAAGAAGCAGUGGGGAUAAUAAUGGUUUCGAUGGCAACAAGCGAAGUCGACAGUCGAGCCCGAUCUCUCUUUCAGCACUUAGGAAGGCGUACCCAGAAUCCGAUAGCAAAGAGCAGCAGCAACCAUCAAAGCGGAUCAAAGCUGGAGGUGACACAAACGAAUCCAUUACAGGAUUAAGCCUGGAUGCCAUUCGCAAUGAGCGAUCCGCAACAGUCUCUGAUACAGCAGGCUCUAAUGGAUCCAGACCAAAUACUCCUACCGCUAAGGAGCCGCCUCAGCCAAUGAAGGACCUCCGACUGAUCAGUAGGUCGGAUAUGGAUGUUGAGAGGGACAAGUUCAAGGAGGGCGACAGGAACACUGAAUCAAGCAGGGCGUCAGACAGGACAAGCAGUCGUUCCACAGAGCGAGGAACUGAUCGGGAUUAUGACAGGAAUUAUGACAGGAAAUACGACAGGGGCUAUGAUAGAGGUUAUGACAGAGGCUAUGAUAGGGGAACUGAUCGAGGGUACGAACGAAGCGCAGACAGAGGAGGAUAUUGGAUGUAUGACAGGAAUUAUGAGGGAGAGUACUAUCGGUAUGAACGCGGAGGCGACCGAAGCUUUGAUCGAGAAAGUAUUAGACCGGAGGACAGAGGAAUAUCGAGAUCAACCGAACGUGGGUAUGACCGGCAGAGCGAAAGAACAACCGAUAAGGGACCUGAUAAAGAAGUUGAACGAAGAACCGAUCGGGAACUUGAGCGAGGAUCCGAACGCAACCACGAUCAAACCUCCAACAAAGCGUCUGUGAAUAGUGUGCUCAGUACGCACAGUAUGCUCAAGAAGAGCGAUCGAGGGAAUGACUCGCCGAUCGAUUCUGGUUGUGACAGAGCAGCAGAAAGCGGCAUGGGUAAGGCUCGUGGACGGUUGCUAGACCGAGAGAGAGGAGGCAACUCUCCGAGCGAAAAGGAGGCCCCAGAAGCGACCAGUAAGUCUGACGCGCGAGCGAGCGCUGCUGCAAAUGCAUCUGACGAUUCUCCAAUCAUCUUUUCAGUCGCAAACCGGAUGCAAGGCAAGUCAGAUGCGAUGCAGCCUAGCUUUUCCGCGAUGACCAUUGAAUCCCCAUCGAUGAACCAGGAUGAACCGAUCAUUUUCUCGGCUGCAAACAGGAUGCAGCAGCAAUUGCAGCAGCAGCAGCAGCAACAGCAUGUGCACGAGGCAGCUAUCGAACAGCGUGAUCCGAAUGUGAACAUCAAGAGCACCCAGGAAGAUCCUUCAGUCCUUUUCUCGAACACAAGCAGACUACAGCGAACCAUGGAAUCCCCCAUUCUCUUUUCAGCGGCCAAUCGGAAAAGUGGCCUUGGCUCGCCCUCUCCGGCAACAUUCAACACCUCGUUAUCGUCCGCCACCUUGUCCAUGUACACGCCAACAGCACAGGGAAUACCGGCGUUUUCUUCCCAUGAUCGACCUCAGUCUUUGUCUUUUUUCAACAGCAAUGGUCUUAACCUUGUCCCAACACCCCAGGGCGACAUCGGCAAGAGUGAUAUGUCCCUGGCUUUCGAAACUAUUGAGCGGUGUACAGUGGAUCUUCAGUUACUUCGACAGCGGUACUUGACUGUCACAACGCAACUGGACGAAGUCACCGCUCAGGCCCUCGAAUCGGACGCACGGCUCGCCCUACUCACGGCGCAGAUGGAGCUUGAAGUCAAGAAAAGCCAGAUUCAUCAUGAGAUGAAGCAGGCUCUUGAACAACACCAAUUGCCUGAGCUCCGGAGAAUGAUGUUGGCAACCCAAGAGUUGAUCUCAAGGCUUAAUCAGCUCUCGACAUCCGCUGCUGCAGGAUCGGCCACAGCCGUAGUGGUGGUACCAAAGAUCCAGACGAUAGGCGCAGCAACAGGAUUGUCGGCAACAAGGGCGUCAGGAGCAGGAGCAGGGACAGGAUCGACGCCAAUGGCCUCGACCACCCUUGCAUCGACUAAAUACGCCGAGUCAGGUCAGCGGGGGCCGGGACUUCGGGACCUUCGUCCCAACUCCCGCAUUGAUGCCGCUAUGGAAGUUGAUUCGAUGACAUCUUUGCAUGACCAAGAAACAGGAACAUCGCACCCAGGGUUCAAAUCAGCAUCAGCAGCACCAGCACCAGCACCAGCAUCAGCAUCAGAGGCAGGGACCGGAAUUGGAUCUGUAUCCGGAUCUGGAUCGGAAGUAGGAGCAGGAGCAGGAGCAGGAACCGACGAAGCAAAAACUGUGGUUCUUAUCAGGCCAUGUUUAUCGUAUAACAUCGCCCCAAGAGGAUGUCGUUUUUUGGCGAACAAGAGUGAAUGCCCAUACAUGCACACAUGUCUGUAUUGUGGGUCGUUCGAUCAUACCGUCAUGCAGUGCGACUACACGUCCGCUGAUCCCUCGAAAGAUGGCACAUUCAGAUAACUUUCAAUUCUCUCCCUCCAUCAUUGUCAUCCAUUAUUCAUUAUUCGUUUUGCAUUGC